GCAAGUGGUGGCCCGAUGGCUGUUCCUGGUUUGUUUGCCGCGGUCCGUGCGGCGCCUGGGCCCUGGCAGCGGGUGGCGUGCGCGGCCGCAGGGUUCCGGGGCCGCUGCCCUGGAAAGAGUUACGCUGUGGGCCCCGCGCAGGCAGUGGCGGCUCUGUUCUCUCCUCUGCAGAGCCAGCCUACCUUUGGGUUCCUGUUGGACAUCGAUGGAGUGCUGGUACGGGGCCAUAGAGUGAUCCCUGCUGCUCUGAAAGCCUUCCACAGGCUGGUGAAUGCCCAGGGGAAGCUGCGGGUGCCUGUGGUCUUUGUCACGAAUGCUGGGAACAUCUUACAGCAUGACAAAGCCCAGGAGCUGUCAGCUCUGCUGGGCUUUCAGGUGGAGCCAGAUCAAGUUAUUCUCUCUCACAGUCCCAUGAAGCUUUUCUCACAAUAUCAUGGAAAGCGGAUGAUAGUAUCUGGGCAGGGACCCCUGGUGGAAAAUGCCCAAGUACUGGGCUUCAAGAAUGUGGUUACUGUGGAUGAGCUGCGGAUGGCCUUCCCUGUGCUUGACAUGGUGGAUCUCCAACGGCGGCCAAAGACCACGCCCCUUCCAAGGAAUGACUUCCCCGCUAUUGAAGGAGUACUCCUCCUUGGGGAGCCAGUACGCUGGGAGACAAGCCUGCAGCUGAUCAUGGAUGUCCUUCUCAGCAAUGGGAACCCUGGGACAGGUCUGGCGACGGCCCCUUAUCCCCAUCUCCCUGUCCUGGCCAGUAACAUGGAUCUUCUUUGGAUGGCUGAAGCCAAGAUGCCCAGGUUUGGCCAUGGCACAUUUCUGCUAUGCCUGGAAACCAUUUACCGCAAAGUGACAGGCAAAGAGCUAAGAUACAAGGGCCUGAUGGGCAAACCCAGCAUCCUCACUUAUCAGUAUGCAGAAGAACUGAUCAGGCGGCAGGCGGAGAGGCGGGGUUGGGCUGCCCCCAUCCAGAAGCUCUAUGCUGUAGGUGAUAAUCCUAUGUCUGAUGUCUACGGUGCCAACCUGUUCAACCAGUACCUGCAGAUGGCGAAGCACGAGGGGGCAGAGGAGCUGGGGACGAGUGGUCUGUUGAAGCAGCGACCCUCAGCAACCCAGAGCUGUGCCUCCAUCCUGGUGUGCACUGGUGUAUACAGUCCCAAGGCCCCGGGGUCCACAGAGCCUGCUCAGGGAGGAGAGGAGCCUCCCUUCCAUGGGCACCGGGACUUCAGUUUUAGUCCAGGGCUUAUAGAGGCAUCCCACAUUGUGAAUGAUGUGGAUGAGGCUGUGCAGCUGGUUUUCCACAAAGAGGGUUGGGCUUUGUAGUGAGGACUAUGUGUUCCAGGCAGGGUGACAGAGGGUAUCUUGGAGCUGUAGGUGAUUCCCAUUUACUGGUUUCUGGCCUGGAUCACAGGGCAGGGCAUCAUGUCAGGGCCUGCUCCCCAUGACAUUCUUCCUGCUACCCCACAGAUGUGACACUAGUGAUUACUUGGAAGAAGACACUGGCUUUUUCUCCUGCUGAGCAGUAGCCAUAGAAUUGUACCCUGGGUAGCAUUAUGGGUAGAACUGUGAGGAUUUUCUCGGUCCAAUUCCUAUAUGUUUCUCCUGGCAGUCUAACCUCAGCCCAGUCCCUUUACCUCUGUGCCUUGGUGUACUCCUCAUUUCAUUAGGGUCUUCUGGGAAAAGGGGAGACAAUAUGUAAUAACAUGGAAAUUUCUACAGGACCUUUGCCUGCUUUAAGUGAACUAUUGCAUGCCAGCAAGGUGUCUAACACUCAGAUACUACAUUUUAUUGUAUUUCAGCUUAUCGCUCAGAGACUUUUGAACUUAUUUUUUAAAUUAAAAUGAUAAUAAAUAUUCAUUAUGUUA